AUGGUAAAAGCCUUAAAAAAAAAAGCGACAAAAUAUCCGGCCAAACGAUUGAUAAUUAAACCAAACCAAAUAGAUGAUAAAUUUAUUGGUAAAAAAAAUAUUGACGCAUUUAUAACAGAAGAAAGCUUAAAACUAUUUUCCCGAUUUAACAUUGAUGACGGAUUCUUAAAACAUGAUCCGACUUUUUGGGAAUCUAGUGAAAGUUACAUAAAUGGUAAAAAAAUUAUUAAUUCAUUAAAAAUAGUUAACGAUACUGCAGAGAGAGCCGUGAAGUUGAUGGAAGAAUACAAUUCUACACUCACAUUAGAUGAAGAACAAAAACAAUUUAUACUAAAAUGUGUACAAGAACAUCGGAAAAUUUAUCCAGAUUGUAAAAAAAGCACCUUACAACAACAAUAUUAA